UAUAUUGCUGGUAAGAGCGGAGAUGCAUUCAGAGGCUCCUGUCACGCUGAGUUAUUCAUCAACCAACAUCAUGACUGGAAGAGUUGUUUUGCUGGGACUCCUGUUCAUCUGUGUGGCUGCAGAUGACAUGAGGAAGCUUGAGCUCAUGAGAAAGCCUUCCUGUCCUGACGUAGCGGAGAUUUUGGCAUGCCCUAUGAACUUUGCCCCUUUGUGUGGCAGCGAUGGAAACACUUAUGCCAAUGAGUGUGCCAUGUGUGUCCAAAGACAAGUAACCAAGAUGGACAUCUUGAUUGUCAAAGACGGGCAGUGCCACCAAGAUGACUGAAGGGGAUCUGAUUAUGAACAUGGAUCUUUGAAUGGAAAACUGGAUCCUAACUGUUCUAAAUGUUUGUCUAAUUGCCAUGAGAAAUAAACAUCAUUCAGCA